AUGCUCUCUUCUCUAGCCGCAAGUGCUCACAUCAUUGACCUCGUUCGCUCAGUGACCUAUCUCAGCCCCGGAGGCCGACCGGGCGAUAUCCUCAAGGGAACGGCUAUAUGUGAAAAGAUCGGAAAGACGCUCGCGUACACAACCGUACAGUUUUACAAUAGCAAGGGCCAGCUUGCUGCGAGAGGAAGUCAUACCAAGCAUGUUAUCCAACCCCCUUUCUCAAGCGCCAUCACUGACUAUGAAUCAAGAUUUGUUUCGGGAACUUUGGGUCCGGACGGGGCGUUUGUAGCCCCCGCGAAGUGGGCGGACGAGGUCGAUUAG